AGGAAGUGCACCUGGUAAUGCCCUCACUGCCCGUCUCCAUCUGUGCUCACCAGAGAGAACUUGCAAGCAAAAUUAAGACAGAAAAUCUGAAAGGAGUUGUGUCGGCAAAAAAUGACAUCCGGGUGGAGAUUGUUCACAAAGACCACAAUGCAGCGCGAGAAAAUGAAGAGCACAACUCCAUGAAACAACUGAUGGUGAGU